AUGCAGAUCGUUGAAAAGCUGAGCAGCAUUUACAAUAAACGCACGUCUGACUUCCAAGCUAUGGAACCCGACCACACGGAGAGAGAAUCGGUGCAGAAAGUUUUGGAAAUAUUGAAGACGACGCUGGCAGGACUCGGAUUGCCUGCUGAGGCGGAGGAGGGGGAUCAAGAGGAGAUCACCGAAGAUGCAUUAGGCAAGACACCCGAGGAGCUUGCUGCGAUGACUCCUGAGGAAGUAGAGGCGCUCAAGAACAAGGCGAAAGCUGAACGUAUGCGUGCCAAGAUUGAGGCGGCCAUGGCAGCAAGAGUGAAGGCAGCUGCAGCUCGACGGCAGAAAGCUGAAUCUAGCUCAUCUUCAUCCUCUUACUCGUCCGCUUCUCGGUCAGCCGCCUCCAGGGAAUCCGGAGGCGUUAAAUUCGAGGUCAGUGAUGGGUCCGGGCAAUAUUCUGGAAGUGAUGAGGAUAGCUAUGAUGACGAAUCCAGUGAAGAGGAUGAACGUCAAGGUCGAAGCCACCGACGACGCCGAAGGCGCGAUGAGGAGGACUAUGAGGACGACGAGGAUGAGGAACAGCGUCAUGGACGACAUCGCCGACACCGUCAUCAUCGUCAUAGGAGACAGUAUGAUGAGGAUUAUGAAGGUGGAAAAGAAGAGGAAGGGAGUGAUGGUCGUCGAAAGCGUCACCAUCGCCGAAGGAGACGCUGGUCAGACGAGGACGAAUAUGACGAAGGAGAAAAUGAGGAAGCGAUUGAUGGUCGUCGAAAGCGUCAUCAUCGCCGCGGCGAACAAAGAGGCUGGUCAGACGAGGACGAAUAUGAUGAUGAGGAGGACGGAGGUGGUGGCCGUCAUCGAAGAGUCCGAGGAAAACGAGGUGCCAGGUCAGAUGAUGAAGAUUCUACGGAGGGGGGUAAAAGACGCAAACACAGACGCGCCAGUGAUGACGAUGGGGGCUACUACUAUGAACUAACUGCCAGCGGUAAAAAGGGGAAAAGACGAAGGCAGGCUGACCUAGAGUAUGAUCGUUACGAGCAUGCCGUUCUAGAACGACAAGUUGGUUUUCGACGCGGCCGCAGGAGCUCACAGUACUUCCAUGAUUAUGAU